AUUUACUAUUUAAUUUAUUAUUUCUGUAUCAACUCUUAUGAAAAAGAUGUGUUUUGUUUCUUUUUACAAAUUAUUUAAUAAACUUGUUUGUACUAAAACAUUACAAGAUAUCUAUUGCAAUAGCAAAACAGAAAUUUCUCGUACGUUCAGAUUUCGCGCGCAGUCAGUGCAUGCAAUUUCGAGAGUUGAACAAAAAUUAUCAUGUUGGCAUAUAUUAAAGUAGUUAUGACAACGAGAGUAUAGCUCGUGAUGCUUGGAAGCAGAGACAAUUACAAGUACGGUGCAUAGUAAAAAAUAAAUUAAGUUUUCCAAUAUUAUAUCUUACAAAUAGUACAUUUCUUAACUAAAUAUUUUACGGGUUGUGCUCAUAUACAAUGCUUGAUUUAAAUGGAGUCAUAUGCGAUUGCUGUCGACUGCACAGGUUAUGUCUUAACCGCAGCGUGCGUUCGAUGGUGUAACAGGCAAUAGGGUAGAAGAAAAAAGUGCAUAGUACUGUGCAUUUGCAUUUAAUUCACGUUUACCAUCGUAUUAUUGGUAUUUCGAGUACUGGAGUGAAGACACGUUAACAAACUCUUGCGAUAACACGUCGACGAGCUCGAUUCUGCUAUGUCAAAGCUAUGUGUGUUGUUUUUCUGGUAUCCAAGGAAAGUCGUGACAUCUGCACACUCUAAUUGACACUACGGCGAGCAAUCAGCGCGUGUGAUACGAGCUACUUCCUUUUUAGCUGCACCUGCUAUCCUUUUUCUCAAGUUUCCUUUAUCAUCUUUUUUCCUUCCAACGAUUACAUGUCUAAUUCAGUUUAACGUGAAUUGUGCAACAUACAGUGCGAGCGAGAAACAAUAUGCUUGUGAGCUGAACACGCGCAGAUACCGAUUGUUUUGCAACACAACAACAGUAGGUAAAUUAACUGCAGUUUAUCACUUGUGCAGACUGAACUAAUUUUGUAAAAAAUCAUAGUUAUCAACGCUAUUCGUUGAUAAAUGUCAUCAUUUUGAAACUUCUAAUCUAUAAGUUUAUAAAUGUAAAACGUUUUUAAUUUUAUCGACCUGAAAUAUGUAUAGCAAUUGUUACUAUAAUUAAUACCAUAAGCCUAAAUGUUUUUAAAAUUAUUAUGAAAAUCAACAAACACAAGAAUGUAAAAUCGAUUCGCAUAGUCGCUAAAAUAAAACUAAAAUUAUAGAUCAUUGAUUAAUUGUCUUUCGUUGUGAGUCAAAAGUAUAUAUUUCGAAGAGAGAAAUCGAUUUUAGGCAUAACUAUCACAACUUUGUUAAAUAAAAUCAGUCAUUUAGUAUUAUAUACAUAUUUUCUUAUCUAAAUGCAUAUCACUUUUUUGUCACAUUCUUAAUAAUUAGACUGUAAAUUUAUAGCAAUAAUAUAUAUACAGUGUGUGUAUAAAAUUAUAAAAUUUAAAUAACUAGUACUAUUGAAUUAUUUAUAACUCUAAUAAAGUAAAAUAGUAAUAUGCUAUUAAAUGACACUAUCAUAUUUCUUGCUUACAGAAAUAUGCCAGUUUAUUAUACUGGUUUAAAUGCCAGUCCACUUUUUUCAAAUCAGGAUGGCAUUAUUACAUCAAUAUCGCAUUUCACUCAGAUUGCAUUUCCGGCAAUCACAGACAUUGAAAUCGGCUGGAACUAUUUUCUUUUAUGGCGAAAUACAGAAUUAUAUAUCACUGGCAAAAUUAGUGAAAACAAUGAUAAAAAUGGCCCUCAUUUAAUAAACAUUCCAAUAGAAUCAGCAGGAGGUUGUAAGAUGGCUAUUCCUUGUCAGGACAGAAUUUUUAUUUUUUCAACACGUAAUGAAAUCUGGACGUAUAAGAUAUAUGAUGAUUCUUGGGAAAGAUUGGUUCCUGACAUUAUGUCCAAAACUUUUAUGGAGGGUGAAUAUGGUAUUAAACUGUCAAAAGCGGAAUGUCUAAUAAUCCUAAGCAAUUUAGGACGUGUAUUUAGCACUCUAAAAUUGAUAAAUGUGCUUGAAAGAAUCAAAUUUAUUGAUAUCGCCUGUGGUUUUGAGCAUAUCAUUUUAUUGGCAGAAAAUGGUGAUAUUUAUUCAAUGGGCAAGGGAGCGCGUGGUCAAUUAGGGCAUAAUGAUCUAGAAACUUCCGAUGAUCCAGAGCUGAUUGAAGCCUUAGCGGGUUUGAAAGUUGUACAUAUAUCAGCGGGUGGGUGGCACAGUGCUGUAGUCACUAAUCAGGGUGAUUUGUAUGCGUGGGGAUGGAAUUCAAAUGGCGAGUUAGGAAUUGAAACCAAAGAGAAGAGAGUUUGUGCCGUUCCAACUUUAGUAAAUUUCAAAAAUCAUAGAGGAGAGACUAUAGAAAUUAAUGUCAAAAAAGUGGAAUGCGGAAAUUCUUUUACUGUUUGCUUAGCAGAUGACGGUUCUUUUUGGGGCUGUGGCAGUAACAAGUACGGGCAAUUAGGAAAACUUCAGCAAGACAUGGAUAAUCCAUGUAAUUUUGUUAAAUUGGAUAUCCAAUUAUUCGAUUCUAAAACAGUGAAAAAAUUUAAAUGUCACGAAUGGGGCACAGCAAUAAUUACAGAAUAAUAUUGUAUUUUAUGUAUUUUAAACUAUUAAAGUAUAGAAUAAAGUCCGUAUUCCCCCAA